AUGUCUCGCAUUCAGAUCCCUCUCGACCUCAUCACGUCCCGCCUCAACCUGGGAGAACGCUUCCAGGGUUUGCGCGCGGGGCCUCUGAGCGGUCGAUUCUCCAAUCUAAGGCCAAUCUCCGAGUUCUUCGACUUCAAGCGCCUGUCCAAGCCUGCCAACUUUGGCGAGGUGCAGUCGCGCGUCAACUACAACCUGAGCCACUUCUCCAGCAACUAUGCCGUGGUCUUUGUCAUGCUCAGCCUGUACGCCCUGCUUACCAACUGGCUGCUGAUGUUUGACAUUAUCCUGGUCGUCUUUGGCAUGUGGUUUAUCGGCAAAUUGGAUGGAAGAGAUUUGGAAAUCGGCAGCUUCAAGGCUACUUCGUCGCAGCUCUACACUGGACUCCUCGUCGUCAGCAUUCCCCUUGGACUGAUUGCCUCUCCCUUCUCUACCCUGCUCUGGUUAAUAGGCGCUUCUGGAACAGCAAUUAUUGGUCACGCAAGCUUUAUGGAUAAGCCCAUCGAUGAGGCUUUUUCCGGGGAGGCGAGAGUCGAGGAGUUGGCCUCGGAUGACGAUGAUGAGGAUGGACAAGGUUUAAGGAGUAGAGAAACUGGCGUCGUGCGUCGCAAUCAGCGGCGAUACGACUCGAGAGAUGAAGAGGAUAGCUCGUCUGGCGAUAGCCAUGACGAAGACUAUUCGGACGACCAGCAAGAUGAAGAAGAUGAGUGGGAAGCGGCCCUGGUGGAAAAGGCGCUCUAUCGAAUUAAUAAGGCACAGGCCAAGGGAAGGACAGACGUGAGGCUGAGCAAGGAAGAGAUCAAAGCCCUCGAGCGAAGGCAACAGCGCAUGGAGGCAGAGGAGCGAAGAAAUCGCAGGCGUCGCCAAGAGCGCGUGGCCAUACCGCUUUCUCAAUUUGGAUCGAUGGCUCGACUGGGAGGUUCAGAAUCCGGUUCCAACCCAGUAUCAAGACAGCCCUCGGGAAGCGAGACGCAUGACGAGAUCUCUCCUCAGAUGGGAUACUUUCCCCCUCCAUCCGGUUCACGCUCUCGGCCAAAGUCUACACAUUCUACAUCGCGGCCAACCAGCUUCCAUGAGGAACCUUCCAGGGACCCCUUUAAGUACCAAACAGCUGGUUCUCGCGCUGCUGCUGCUCCCAAGCGCCAUGGCUCUGGACAGUCUGAUUUGAGUGCCAUGUCACGACAAGGCCGACCUGAGUCUGUGUCUGAGUGGAGCCGGCAAGGAUCGUCCAGGCGGCAGAGCUCUGAUGAUACAAGCGAAGAUCUGGCAUUGGUAGAGGAGCGUUCGAGUAGAACGGAGAGUUCGAGCAGAACAGCAAAGGGCAGAGAAGAAAUCGUGGUCGAGGUGGAAGUUGAAUCUCCUUCCGGGCCUGAACGGGCGCCAUCUCGCACGCGCUCGACAACCAGGAAGAAGUCUGACCCGGCACCAACGAGGAGGACAGUAUCAAGUAGGACAGGCACUGGAACUUCGGGGGCUUCUGCAGGAGUACGAAGGAAGAAGCGGGAAUAG